AAGGAGCUCAUAUUCUAAUGGGGGAGACAUGCAAACAACUCUAGAUCUACAGGGUAUGUUCAGGGUAAACUGGAAGACAUCUCAGAGAGAGCACCAGUACUGAGGUGGCAGGAGAGAGAGUUAUACCAAGAGAGGCCUCUUACAGAAGGCUGGAUUAGAACAGUGUUUUGGAGGAAGCCAUGGAAGUUAGUAGGCUAAGAAGAGGAGGAAGAGUAUUCUAGGCAAGAGAGACAGCCAAUGCACCUGAAAUUUUGUCUAUUAGGGCCUUAGUUAUUCCUUGGAGCUUAUGCUGUUUUUUGCUUUUUUCUUGCUUUUAAAAAAGUUUUAAUUGAUUUAUUUUGUUUCUGCCAUCCCCAUAGUUUUCCCCAGGAUCCUGCCUCCACCUAUCUCAAAGAGCCUUCAAUUUUUUUAAGACAAAAAAAAAAGAAAGAAAAGGAAAGAAAUAUGUCCUAACUCAUUAAUACACUAGAAAGCAUGUACAAUGUACAACACUCGUGGGCCUCCUACCUCUGCAAAAGGGUGAGGUGAUUGUGUCUAGACUCUAUAUUCUUUCAAAACAAAUUCCACCCCCCACCCCCCCAGCUGCCCUAUUAUAUGAUUCAUGGUGGUUAGUUGGGGAGUGGCCCAUGCCCACAGUCCCCUCUUCUUCUGGAGAGGACAGAGGCAGUGAGUCCAGGAGUUCUGAGCUGGUCAGGCGUCACACUAAAUUCAGCAUUAUUAGAGACCCCUGAAAAGUAGAGGGAUACCUGAGGAGGGACAAAUGGGCCCAGAUCAGAAGUUAAAGCUUUGGUGCUGAUCAGGUGAGUUGCACUUCUAGCCUGGGCGAGAUUUAGAGUCCAAAUCUCAGAAGGAAAAAAAAAAAGAUUCAUAGUUAAAUUGAACUACAGAAAUAAUCUCAGCCUGUUGUCAGUGGUUAAAGUCCAAAGAGGAAGACAUUGCCUCCUUACCUGUGUAAGUCACUUUAUUCCAGGGAAUACAAGGGAAAAUGAGGCUGGCUUCCUGAAUCUGCUUCAUGUUUCUGGGAAGUCUAACAGGAAAUGUUAAAAAUGUGCCUUGCUUGAAAUAGGGCCAGGAAAAAAACAUCUAAAAGCGAAACUAACUGUUUUGGUUAACACCCUUCUCCUUGUGGGAGAACUUUCUGUCAUUGCAAAAAAAAAUAUUGCCUGUUUAAAGGUUAUAGAUGAUCAGAAGUGCAUUGCUUUCAUAUCAGAUAAGAUUUUCUUAGAAGAGACCUUCUGGCGGGACAGUCCAGAAUAUUUCAAGGCUGGAAAGGAUCUGAAGGAAUUUUUUCCUCCCUAGGAAUACCAGUAUUCCCUUUCUGCAUGGUGAACAUUCACAAUUGCUUUUUUUUUUUCAAAAGUCCAUGUUAGAAAGAUACAAUGUGAAUAAGAAGAUGCUUGUUGGGUUCAAAUGCUACUUAACCCUCAAGACUAGUCAAGGAGAGGAAAUAGUACAAGAAGAACCAAGCAUAGGACCCAGAACACCAGGGUUCAAAUCCUGACUCUGGCAUUUUCUCCCUAAGUGAUCUUGGACAAGUCAUUUAACUCUUCUGGAGUUUGGUUUCUUUACUGGUGCAAUGAAGAGGCUCAACCAAAUGAUCUGUAAGGUCCCAUUGCCACUUUAAAUCUGUUAUCUUGUGACCAUCAGAACCAGGAAGCUGGAAAGUUCACUUUCUUUUAUUGAACAGAGAAAUUUCUCUUGAGAUCUAUCUGGAUAAAACUGAAGAAGACAGCUUGGAACAGGGUGAGAGUUGCUUUCAAAGAAGGUGGCUACAAUGAAAUGCAUUUUGUAGGUCUUUCUUCCUCUCUCAGUUUGAUGGGGACUUGCUUCUCUGAAGAUAAAGCAAAGGAAAAUUCCAGAGAAAGAAUAUCCACACACGAUGGCCUUGGCGAGUACAAUGCAGAUACCAGCUCUUGGCCGUCCCUUAUAUCUGGGGACACUCUAUGACUGCCGCACAGAUACCUUCAUCCCUGGCAUCACGUUGUGGGACAGGGAGACCCUCGAGAGCAAUGUAACAAGAGAAGAGCAAUACAAGACUGAAUUUGAUAUCCUCACCUCUGACUCUCUUGGUGCAAAGACUAAUGCCAUGAACAUCCAUGGAGAUCUGAAAGCAAGUGUCCUCGGGGGGAUGGUUGAUAUAGGAGGCUCUGCCAAAUAUUUACGUGACACCAAGACAUCUAAAAAGCUAGUCCGAAUGACUCUCAAGUACAGUAUGACCACACAGUACUGUCAUUUAACAAUGAACCACCUGGGAUAUCAGAAUAUCUCUUAUCCUGAUGUGUUUGAUAAAGGGACAGCCACCCACGUGGUCACUGCAGUGCUCUAUGGGGCCCAGGCUUUCUUUGUGUUUGAUCAAAAAGUUUCCACUAAUGAAAGGGACAAGGACAUAGAAGGAUCAUUGAAGGCUGAAGUAGAGAAGAUUCCCAAAGUAGCAAUAAAUUUAGGAGGAGAAAUUAAAAAGGAGAAUAAUGAGAAAAUAUCAAGUCAGGAAUUCAAGUGUACCUUUUAUGGGGAUUUUGUUCUUGAGAACAAUCCAGUGACUUAUGAAGAUGCAGUAAAAAUCUAUUCCUCCCUUCCAAAGUUGCUUAGGGGCCAUGGAGUGCCACUUCAAGUCUGGUUGUACCCUCUGGAGAAGCUGAACUCCAAGGCAGCCAAGCUAGCUCGAGGGAUCAGCAUUAGCUUGAUAUGUGAGGCCCAGGACACUCUCGAGGAGUUAUGUGAGUAUAACAAGAAGUGUAAUGACAUGUUGAAGGCAUCAGAGCUCUUCGUUUUUUGUGCAACCAAGGAAAAACUCAGGCUAUUCCAAGAGCUAAAUAAGCAGCACAGUCAGAUUUUACAAAAGGAAAUAGCCAUGGUGUUACCCCUGAUCCGGAUGGGCAGAACAGAGGAAGAUAAGCUAGCCAACACUUUAACAAGGGAAAGCCAGUCCCCAUUCAGCUCUAGGAGGCUCUCAGAAUUCCUAGAUCAGACGUCCCUUGAGAUAAAGGUGGUAAAUUCCUACCUCACCCUUCUGAAGGAGGUGAGAGUCAUAGCUGACCAGAAUGAGUUAGAGGAUAUGGUACUAGGCUCUCCCCACCAAUUUGUCUUAGUGUUUGCAUUCACUUUUUUGCAUGAGGAACCCUUCUUAGCAGAUUGGAAACAGUGGCUUAGGAAUCCAGAUUCAUCCAGUCCUAGAUGUGAGCAAAAGGCAUAUUCCUCUUGGGUGAAGGACAAUGAGACAAGGAAAAAAGUAAAUCAAUUGGCAGAAUCCUUUUCCAAAUUUGCCAAGGCAAAUCAUUCCAGUGAAAAGACUCAGCUCCUUGUGGCAUCUGUCGCAGACCAAGAGACCAAGGGGGUCUCCAUUCACCUCUAUGAAAAGGGACUUCUGGUCAGCACCAGCUUUGAGCUACCAGUCAAACCUCCCCCUCCCCAGAUUGGUGGAGUCACACAUGAUUGUGUAGAGCUCAUAUUGACCUCAGCAUCUGGGAAGAAUAAGAUCACUGGUUAUCAAGUUGAGUACCAAGUUGUAGGAGAAGAUGACUGGACCACCAUCCCUGUGUCUGGAAAGCCAGAGGAGUUCAAAGUGAGGGGGCUACAGCCUAGCACAGAGUAUGUGUUCCAGUGUGCUAAUGUGUGUGAAGUAGGACGGGGUGAAAGCAGUGAUGUGAGCUGUGCUGUGAGAACACUUCCUCCUACCAGCCCUCCUGGGAAGCCAAAAGCUGUUGUGGUGGGGCCACAGUGUGUAAGCCUCCAGUGGCAGGGUCCAAGUGUUGUUGGAGCAGGAGUCAAGAUCAAGGAAUACAGAAUAGAGUAUAGAGAGAAGACUGAGGCUGUGAGUGAGGAGGGGGAAGGUGAAUGGUGUGAACACAGAACCGGAAAUGAUAAGAUGGACUGUGUCAUUGAUGGACUGACACCUCAGACUGUGUACUGGUUCCGAGUUUCAGCUGUGUAUGACAGCAGCUGGAGAAGUGAGAGCAGUGAGAAGAGUGACCCAGUGAUGACCCUCUCUACCACAGAGGAAGCUACAGACUCUGGGCUUGGAACUAGCAGAUGCUCUGAGGAGAUAAGAAUUAUCCUCCUGGGGAAGACAGGAUCUGGGAAAAGUGCAACAGGAAACACUAUCCUUGGCCGGGAAGCCUUUAAAUCUGAAUUAUCUCCAGUCUCAGUAACCAAGAAAUGUGAAAAAGCAAGAUGCAUGAGGAAUAACAAGAUAUUUUCAGUGAUUGAUACACCUGGCGUUUUUGAUACAGAACAAAGUACCCAAAAAACUUUACGAGAACUUGCAAAGUGCCUGGCAAUCUCCUCCCCAGGGCCUCAUGUAUUUGUUCUUGUCAUGCCUUUAGGUUGCUUUACUGAAGAAGAGAAGAGAACCAUUGAACUCAUUCAAAUGAUGUUUGGAGAUGAUGCACUGAAAUACACCAUAUUCUUAUUCACUAGAAAAGGGAGGUUGAAGGGGCAAAGCAUAGAUGACUUCGUAGAGAAAUAUAAUGACCAGGACUUUAGGGAGUUGAUACAAAGGUGUAGGAGACGGUAUUGUGCUUUUGACAAUGAUGCCACAGUGGGAGAAAAGGAACAACAGGUCAAGAAGUUCAUAGCAAUGGUCAACCAAAUGGUGCAGGACAACGGAGGCUCCUUCUACAGCAGUGAAAUUUACACUUGUGUUGAGAAUAUUAUCAGAGAAGAAAGAAAAAGGGUGAACCUGAGGAGACAGAAUGUCUUGCAGGAAAACAAUAAACUUUCCUGUGUCACAGAACAAUCUGAUAGAAAAGAAGGAAAUGAUAAGAGUAAUCUCUUUAAAAGGGUGAUUUGGGCCAUUCUCAAUGCUUUACCUAAAUUUUGGGAAAUGAUUCAUUCUUUUAUCCAGAGUUUUAAAACUCAGUUUGGAAGAACUUCCAUUGUUUUAAGUGCUUCUUAGGAUGGUAGCUUUUGCCAAUGAUGAAAACACUGUAUAUUUAAUAUUUUCCAAUACCCUUUCUCCCCUCAUAUGAGUAUGAGGAAUCUCAUCAUAGGUAGAUCAGAAGGUAGAUCAGAACUUUUAAAAAUCCCUUACUAAGCAGUUAUCUGAGUUCCUAUAUGGUCCAUCCUCCUCUGGCCCUGAUGCUGCCCCACACCUCUGAAAAUUACCUUUUGGCUAAACCCCUGUGGAUGAAUUUCUCUUGCCUUAACAAAAGGUGGUCUUUGGAAAAUAGAUGUAUUGUCUGUGAUGAAGCCUAUACUCUAAGGAGGUCCAACCCAAUAGGAAACAUCAGAGUUUGUACCCCUUACAAAGCUUUCAAGAACUCAGGUUAUCUCCAUUGUGGAAAGGAAACAAGACUGACAGUUUGUGUGGGGGAAGGGCCAACUGGGAGUGGCAGUUGGGUCUUGUGACUAGCACUUCCUUCCGGUCGGGGGAAGACUAGAGGACUUGCUUCCAGGUAUUGGAGGAGAGAGGAGCUUGUUCAGCCCAGUCUGGAGUGGCAUGCUCUUCUUGGUUCAGCCCAAAGACACAGGCUUCUAAAGGUUAGAAUUGUUCUUGUUUGCUUUCUGUGUACUGCUAAGAUUCUGAAUUAGAACAACAAGAGUAGACGGGAGUGGGACAAACUCUCCGCCAGCCUCUAGGGCCUGGCCCUAUACUCUGAAGCUAAGGAAAAACUCCAAUUCCAACUGGAUUAUUAAACUUUAUAUUAUUUGAAUUCGCAGUCAGAUAAGUGGACUAUCUUUUCUGGUCAUAGAUGGAGUUGAACUUCAGUUUCAGUCAUUCAAAGACAAACCAUCCUUAUUGGACCCCUGCUGUUUCCUCUCAGCAGGGGGCAUCUCCCUCCCUUGCCUCACCAAGCAAUAUUCCCUCUCUCCCUUUAAUUCCUCCUUACCCCAUACAAACCUCCCAUUAUUCCCCAUUUAUCCCAUUUUUCCCAAUCCUAUUUCCUUUCCCAAUAAAUAUUACACCAUGUUAGGAUGAAGUACAUAGCAGGAACUACAGAAAUAUGUCUACAAAUUAGCCUUUAGGCAUAUCCAGAGAUACCCAGGGACAGAGGUAGCCCACAAGACACUGUGUCCAUUAGGAACACAAAAGGAGAAUUUUCCCCUGAGAAUUACUCAAGUUUAUCAGAGAGGGAAUCUUGGAAGCCCCAGGGAGCAACAGUAGGCAGCAAGCUACAUGCUGUUGCAGUGCUUGGAGAGGGUCAUCUCAGACCCAGGGGCUUUGAUGUCCCAAAUGCUCUCUACAGGUACUAAGAUUCCAGGGAGGGCCUCAAAUAUCCAGACUGGGGGGCUCAUUCUGGGAAACAGAAGUCAGCACAAGAGCUCAAAGGAACUAGGGUGAGACCAAUAUGCUCAAUCCAAAAGGGCAGUAGAGAACCUGGCCUGAACCUAGCACAAAGUGCCAAUUCAGAAAUUAAAGCUGGAGAUAAAUAAAUCAAAGAAAAACAAUGGCCAGUAUAAAAAAUUAUUGCAGAUAUAAACAUGCUCUGGAAGUAUAAGCAAGAAACCCUAUAAAACUGCAAGCAGAGAUCCAAAUGAAAAAUAAAUUUUCCAUAAGAAUUAAGUGAAUAUCUAGAAGAAGUAAAGGAAGAUGUUUUAAAAAAUAAAAAUAGCUAGCAUCUUUAUCCUCACUAAAACCUUAGAAGAUAGAUGCUAUUAUUCCCAUUUUACAGACGAGGAAACUGAGGCAAGCAGGAUGUAAGUGAUAUUCACAUCCAGCAAUUGUAUGAGGCUGAAUUUGAAUUCAGGUCUUUCUGAAUCCAGGUUCAGGGUUCUGCCAGCUGAAUCACCUUGCUGAUUAAAAUAAAAUAAAAUUCUGGAUGAAAGAACUAGAAGAAGAAUAAGUAGAUUAGAAGAGAAAAUGCUAAACCUUACACAAGUAAUAGAGUUCCUAAAUAUUGGCAUAGGUCAAACAUAUUAUUGGCUCCUCAAGAUAUUUAAGAAAUAUUUGAACAAAAUCAAAAGACUGAAAAACGUGUAAGAUAUCAGAUAUCAAAAACAAUAAAACUGGCAAAUAAGUCUCAGAGAGAAAAUUUAAGAAACAUUGAACACCCUUAAAAUUAACAUUUUAAAAGGCCAAACUCUAUAUUCAAGAAAUUGUGAAUUAAAAAUGCCUAGUCCUAUUAGAACCAAAGGACAAAGUCAAGCAAAAAAGAAGUCAUCGAUUAUCUCUUUUAAAAAAGUCAAAAUGCCAACGUUAUCGUAGCAAAAAAGUAGCAUAAAAUAGAAAAUAAAAAUAAAAAUUACUAUAAGGAUCCAGAAAGAAGUAGGUCAAGCACCGAGGAUAGUCAGCAUCAUACAAUAUAUGGUCACUUCACCCAUAAAUGAAAAGAGAUCUCGAAUAUUUCAUAAGUCAAAAUGGAAAGGCUGACAAUCAAGAUUUAUUUCCCCUAAAAUGCAGAGUAUAAAACUACAGGGGGUAGGGAAGUAAUAGAUUUUUAAGAAAUUAGAGGAUUUUUGAACAUUAUUUAUGAAAAGAACAGAACUGAGUAAGAACUGAAACCAUGAACGCAAGAGUCAAGUGAAACCAGGAAAGGUAAUUUAUUUGACCAUUUGGAAGGAGCUAUAUGAUGACUGCGUCUUGAGGCUAACAUUUAAUAGGGGGGUUAAGUAACCAGUGUUUUACAUCCUAAAUAUCUUCAAAAGGUAUUGAAGGAGUUGUUAAUUAGGAGGUAGUCCUUCCCCAACUGACAGGUAAAGUUUUAUAUAUAUGCCUCAAAAGUAUCAUUGUAGAACUUUCCAGUUAGCCAGAGUCUAUGAAAGAACCAUGUUCCUCAGGACAAAGAAGUUGCAAAAAUCUACAGACUAAAUAGAGCCAGGACUCCCUAAUAUACAGGAACUAAUUUAGGGACUUUUUAAUCCAGGACCCUGAUAUAAAAGUAAUACAGAAUAUUAAAGAUAAAUUCUCAUAGCCAGGAGAUCAUUAUAUAUAGGAAAAGCAAUAUGGUAAUGAUGUCCAACUGUGAAAGACUUAGUCAUUCCAAUCAAUACAAAGAUCCAGAACAAUUUAGGAAGACUAAGGAUAAGAAAUACUAUCUACUACCAGAGAAAGAAUUAAUGAACUCUGAGUUCAAAUUCAAGUACAAUUUUUUUACUUUAUUUUUCUUACUUCUUUUUGGUACACUAGCUAAUUUGGAAAUUUGUUUUGCAUAAUUUCACAUGUAGAAUUAAAAUAUUGCUUGCUUUCUCAGUGAGUGGGGGAGGGACUGGAGAGGAAGAAAGAAUGUUAAAAGAAUAAUAAAGCAAAAUAAAUAACAAAUGGGAAAAAUGGUUUCUUUUAAUUAUCUCUUCAUCAAUAUUUAAAUUGCCACCAUCUUAGUCUACAUCUUUACCAAUUCAUACCUGAAUUAUUGCAGCCUCUCAGAUGAUUCCCUUGACUCUAGAAUCUUCUUAUUCUGGUGUGUGCUGAGAACCAGUGCUUUCUGAAUAAUCCAACUUCAAAAGCAAUUUCAACAUGCCAUUCCCAUGCUCUAAAACCUGUAAACCUUAAAAUUCCUUAGACUUAUGAAUGUUGGAAAUUUCACCAUUGGGAAAUUUCAUACUUGGAAAAUUUCUUACUGAUAGUCUAUUGGAAUGUGAACCCCAUUGGCAUGGGAGGUUCCUCCUCCUCCCUUCUUAAGAUUACUUUAGGACAGAAACCUUUUGCUGAACAAUGGAAAGGACUUUGACCUAUGCUUAAGCAUAGAACAGGAAUUUCUUUGAGUCAUGAUUGAUUUUAGAAUUGAUACAAUGGAGAUACUUGGAAUCAAUCUCCACCCUACUCAGUCCUAACAGGAUUGAGGAAGGGCUGUAGCAAAGGAUCAAAGAUUUAAUUAUUUGAAAAUAUGACCUUCAACAGACAUGUGCAAAGCCAGAGACCUCUGGGCGGUCCUGGGUUAUGCUAGAGCCUCCAUUGGCACAGGGAAAUUGAUGGACAGUGAUUGGUAGAUGUGAGAACUGAGGGGAGGCAACUUGGAUGGUUUCCUUAAAGAUAGAGGGGUCUGAAGACUCAGGACGGGGGUUGAGGAGUUUGUCUGAGUGGUUGGAGUGUGCUCUGAGAAGCUUGCUCUGAAGGAAGCUGAAGGUGGGGGCCUUUGAGACUGUUUCUCCAUUUUGGUCACGUGAGUAAUAGGGACUGAUCUCUUUUCUUUGCCCCAGCUAUCUAAGGGCUUGGGCCUUUUGGCCCAGCCUAAACAGAGGGGGUAUUUAAGCCCUAUUCCCUUCUCUCCCCUUUCUUUCUCUCUCUCUCUCUCUCUCUCUCUCUCUCUCUCUCUC